AAUAAAAUCAGAUUAUUUUAUGAAAUUUAUAUCAACGACUACAUACUAUGUACAUAUGUCAGAAGCAUAUAUCAAAAUGAAUAUUUGUUCUCUAUUUUAUAAAAUAUAUUUAUAAGAUUUUUAAAAGACAUAACAAAGGUAGAUACUAUAAAUACUGUGCAAUACAAUGAUUUUACAAAUUUACAUUUUAUUCAUUUCUUCAAUAAUAUAUACAACGUGGGGGAGAGAUCAAUAUGUAUUAGUAACGUCAGAUAUAGAAAGCCAUGAAACACUUUGGCCUAUAAAAACAGAAAUAAACCAAUAUUCUCCAACAUGGGAUAGUUUAGAUAGUCGUCCGCUUCCAACUUGGUAUGAUGAUGCAAAAAUUGGUAUCUUUAUUCACUGGGGUGUUUUUAGUGUUCCUAGUUUUGGCUCUGAAUGGUUUUGGAAUAAUUGGAAAGAAGAACAGAUUGAUAGUAAAUACCGUGACUUUAUGAAACAAAGGUAUCCACCUAGUUUUACAUAUCAAGACUUCGCUCGUGAGUUUACUGCUGAAUUUUUUAAUGCAACGCAAUGGAGUGAAUUAUUUCAAGCUUCAGGUGCAAAAUAUGUUGUAUUAACAAGCAAACAUCAUGAGGGGUAUACAUUAUGGCCUUCAAAAUAUUCGUUCAGUUGGAACUCUGCAGAUGUGGGACCAAAGAAAGAUCUUAUAGGUGAAUUGGCUACAGCAAUAAGAAAUUCAACUAAUUUGAAAUUUGGUCUUUAUCAUUCUUUGUAUGAAUGGUAUAAUCCUUUAUAUUUAUCUGAUAAAGAUAACAAUUUUACAACCCAAAUUUUUGUUCAUCAAAAGAUAAUUCCCGAAUUACACGAAGUAGUACAAAAAUAUAAGCCAGAAAUUGUAUGGUCUGAUGGUGACUGGGAAGCACCAGAUGUUUAUUGGAAAUCAAAAGAAUUUUUGGCUUGGUUGUACAAUGAAAGUCCUGUGAAAGAUACAGUUGUAGUAAAUGAUAGAUGGGGAAAAAAUAUACCAUGUCAUCAUGGUGAUUUUUACACAUGUUCUGAUCGUUAUAAUCCUGGAGUACUUCUACCACAUAAAUGGGAAAACUGCAUGACAAUUGAUAGAAAAUCUUGGGGAUUUCGUAGGAAUGCUGUUUUAUCAGAGUAUUUGACUUUAUCAGAAUUGGUCAAAGAAUUAGCAAUUACUGUAAGUUGUGGAGGAAACUUAUUAAUGAAUGUUGGUCCAACAAAGGAUGGCAUUAUUAGCCCAAUAUUCGAAGAAAGAUUACGUGGAAUGGGUGAGUGGUUAAAGAUAAAUGGAGAAGCUAUUUACAAUACCAAACCUUGGAUAACACAAAAUGAUAGCUUAUCUAAUACUGUUUGGUAUACACAAAGCAAAAAUACAAAACAAGUUUAUGCUAUAAUUCUUGAAUGGCCAAAUGAAGGUUUAUUAUAUUUAGGAUCACUCAAAACAUCUCCUAGUACACAAAUUUCAGUACUUGGAUCUAAAUUAUUAAUCAGAUGGAAACGAAGUAAUGAAAAAUUGAUUGUAUCAUUACCAGCAGAACUUGAUAAAGGACAACCAGCUUGGGUAUUAAAAAUAAAACCAGAAUAACAGAAACAAUGAUAUCUAAAUAUAUAUUUUAUUAAAGAUGUUUUGUAUUCACUUAAGAAAGAAGAUACAUGUAAGUCGCAAAAUAGCGUUUUAUAACUUCCUUUCCCUCCAAAUUUUUAUUUAUAUAUUGUAUUGUAAGAAAAAAAUAAAUUCUUGAGUACAUCAAUAUAAA